AUGGGUGAUCUCAAAGCCCGGAUCAAGGCCAAACUCUUGCGAAGACACAGCGGCAUUCCCUCGUUAGGUUCGAGUAAACAGAGUCUCAGCCGCGAAAGAGCAUCUAGCAGCACCCACACCCAAGCUUCUACUACGGGUUAUGCAGCGUCGUUGAGCACAGCUGCUGGCGACGAAAAGGACAGUAACGAGAAAGGUCACAACGCUAAGGAUGAUAAUUCCCGGCACGGAUCUACUCAUUCUUCUCGUGACAGCCCAACAGCAAAAAAUGGAGUAAAUAGAAUAGAUCCGAGCCAAAGUCGAAGUCGUGCCGAGAGGGUUCCACCGGAGCUGGAACAAGCCGAGCAGCUAGACCUAGUAGUCAGUACCAGCAGCAACAGCAGCAGCAGUAGCGGUAACAGUAACCCUACUCAUAACAACAACCACAACCAUCCCUUUAGCGGCAGCACUGCGAAUCUAGAGGUGGAUGCCGAUGCCGACGCCGAUGCGGGUACGAGCGGGAGUGCAACUACGAGUGCAAAAGUGAAAGUGAAAGUGAAAGCGAAAACGAAAGUGAACAAGUUGAUCCGAUCUCCCACCGUAUCCAACUGUGGAAAAGAUCUUCAAAAUUCUGCAAUCAAUUCUAGGCCCAUUCCCACCAUCACCACGCCCACUUCAAGCCUUGAUCCGAAUCCAGAACCGGACCAAGACCAAGAUCAAGAUCAAAUCACAAACAACCCAAACAACAACUUCACAUCAAUCCCGACUACUGCUGCCGCUACGCCGUUACCUAGCAUCCACGAAUAUCGUCCUGCAAAUUCACAUCUCCAACUUAAGCCACCCAUCUUCAUAGAUCACCAUCUUCGCGACAACAACAGUAUUAGCAACGACGACGAUUACUACGAUAACAACAGCAGCAGCAGCAAUUAUAACACCAGGCCCACCUCUGCCGGUCGCGCAUUUCCCGCUUCGUCUUCCCUUGCCCGACCUGCAGCCCCGCCGAGACGACAGAGCAUCCUCUCAAAUCGCCAAACCACCUUGAUCAAAACCCUUCUCAACACGGGCUAUGCUAGCGAUAUAGGUUCCGCCGAACCCGAUCAACUCCUCCCUAUCAGCGGAAACAUGGUUACGCGAAAGGUUUGGGUCAAGAGGCCCCUAGCCUCGGCCACCUUAAUCACCAUCAACGAAGAGGAUCUGGUCGACGAUGUCCGCGAAUUGAUCCUGCGCAAAUACGCCAAUUCUCUCGGGCGCCAAUUUGAUGCUCCCGACCUCACCCUUCGAAUAUGCGAUAGGGAGCAGCAGACCACCCGACCUUUGCAACCGGACGAGCCCAUGGGCAGGACCCUCGACGCCUAUUACCCAGGCGGACAGUCCGUCGACGAUGCUCUACUAAUCGACAUACCUAGCCGGCGAACCCCCAAAGCCUCUCCGAACCCCAGAUAUUACAGCGACGACCGACCUCACGAGUCGGGGACCGAUUACUUCCCUCCAUAUCCCCCAGCUUCGCAACACCCCAGCGCCUCCUCCGUGGCUGUCGCUAACGGGGCUCAUUCUCUACAUUUCCCUCCUUCUCUGACUGUUCUUAGUGGAGGUCAGCUUCCACCGUUGCCAUCUCCCGGUGGGACGAGACGUCUUGGGUCGUCGCGGCCCAAGAUUCAAAGGAUGCACACUGCAUCGCCCGUUUCCACCGCUGCCAACGGCCAUGCUUCACAAUCCGCAGCGCCGCCCACCGGUAUGCACAACUACCCUAGACAACCACGUUCAAGGACUCAUUCAGGUGCUUCUUCAGAACAAUCCAAUCACCCGCCUGCCGCUCCCUCCAUACCGACCCCUCCCGUCCCAGAACGUACCGCUACUCCGCCUCCGCCCCGCGUGUCUUCUCCCCGACCCAUCAACCGACCGAAGAAGAGCAAGAAGACCACCGAACACCCCUCGUUACCGCCGGGCAUGUUGAAUGGCGGCGUCCCGCCUAUUAACGUACUGAUCGUCGAAGACAACAUCAUCAACCUAAAGCUGUUAGAAGCCUUCGUCAAGCGAUUAAAAGUUCGAUGGCAAACGGCUAUGAACGGUCGAGAAGCCGUAAACAAGUGGCGUGCUGGUGGGUUCCAUCUGGUCUUGAUGGAUAUUCAACUGCCAGUCAUGAGCGGUCUUGAGGCUACCCGGGAGAUAAGGAGAAUAGAGAAGGUUAACUCGAUCGGUGUCUUCUCCUCGUCUGCAAGCAGCCCUCCAGACGAGGUCAAGGCGGAGCCUGAGGAGGAAGAUAAGCUUGUCAACACGGAGAUGUUCAAGAGCCCGGUCAUUAUCGUCGCUCUAACUGCGAGUUCGCUCCAGAGCGAUAGACACGAGGCCUUGGCAGCUGGUUGUAACGAUUUCCUGACCAAGCCCGUCAAUUUUGUCUGGCUUGAGCGGAAAGUGAUGGAAUGGGGGUGUAUGCAAGCUUUGAUCGACUUCGACGGGUGGAGGAAAUGGAAAGACUUCUCGCAAAAAGCCGAGGAGGACGAUUCCAAGAAAGCCGCAGCGGCCAAAGCAGGCAAGAUGCCAAAGAAAAACCGCCUAUCAAUGACGGCCGCCGCUUAA